GACUGGAACGGAAUAUAAAAUGACUGUAGAAUUGUGACCUUGUACUUGUUUAUUUUAAUUUUUCGCUUUUGACGUUGAUGUUUGAUCUAUUGUUUAGAUUUUCUUAACGUAUAAACAAGUGAUUCGUGUAAAUAUUUACAUAAUACAGACUAUCUAAUACAAUCUGUGAGUAAACGACCAUUAAUUUUAAUAAAAAAAGUGUUAAAAUACUGUGUUUGUUUUUGUGCCAUCAAAAUCGUAUAAGAAUAUACGAGUUAAAUAGAAAUACCUAACUGCGUUAUGGUUUUUAAGAAGGUCAAAACGGGAAAAUAUAUUGUUCCCAUACAGACAGACAAUACCCCAAACACGAUCGGGAGGAUAUCUAAAAGUGAAAAAUGCAACAAGAUUACUCUUUGGCUGAUUUCUAUAUUGGGAUUUUUCUUUUCUAUAUUACUAGUUAGUAUUUUAAGUGCCCAGACUUUAUUAGUCAAACAUGUACUGUUUUGGAGAAUCGAUAAUGGGAGUAGCUCAGUUUAUGAAAAUGUGGGUAAUGUAGUCUCAUGUUACUACAACACACCAAACCCAAUAAAUGUUAGUCAGCUAACACCAUCCAGUAUUCAUCCUCAUCUGUGCACACAUAUAAAUAUAGCAUUUGCACAGAUAAGAAACAAUCAAAUUUAUCUUGAAGACUCCCAACUAGAUGUUAUACCUGAUAUUGUCAAGUUGAAAACAUACAAUCCUGACUUAAAAGUCCUUUUGUCAGUGGGUGGUGCUGGUAAUAAUGAUGGUUUCUCUAAAAUGGUUAUUGACCAUGCUUCUCGAAAAGUUUUUAUAAAAUCCAUAAAAUAUAUGUUGAGAAAUUAUUCACUAGAUGGGAUAGAUUUAGAUUGGGAAUUUCCAGCAGUGAAGGGAUACCAAAAUAAUUUAAGAAAAAGGGAACGACAACACUUUUCACAGCUACUAAGGGAAAUCAGGACUGAGUACAUUAGAGAGAAAAGAAACUACUUGCUUACAGUUGCUGUGGCAGCUCCUCAGAUCAUUGUGGACGUAGCUUAUGAUGUAGAUCAAAUCAACAUGUAUGUAGAUUAUGCAAACAUAAUGACAUACGACUUUCACACAUACACAAAGUUUACUCCUUUCACGGGUCUUAAUUCCCCACUUUAUGCUAGACCAGAGGAACAGCUGUAUUUGGCAACACUUAAUAUUAACUACACGGUACAAAUGUACAAAGACAAGGGAUUAGAUCCAAGAAAAAUUGUUGUCGGAAUACCUACUUAUGGACAUACAUUUGCAUUAGUAAAUGCAAAUAAUGCUAAGGUUGGCAGCCCUGCUUCAGGCUUUGGUACACUUGGAAAUUUAGGAUUUGUUAAUUAUCCUGACAUAUGUAUGUUUUUGAGCGAAUUUCAUGAUACUAUUAUAAAACAAGAUCCAGAUGCUAAGGUACCGUUUUUAUAUAAAGAAUCAGAAUGGGUAUCUUAUGAAAAUGCUGAUAGUGUUGUGGCAAAAGCAAAAUAUAUCACCGAAAACAAACUGCGAGGUGCUAUGAUAUAUUCAUUAAAUGCUGAUGAUUAUGAUGGAACAUGUGACAAAUUAUCAGGGAGUAUAAAGUUUCCCCUCUCCACUACUGUUAGAAAUACUCUAAAUCAAAACCCAACAUUGGAGAUGAAUUGAGGAUGAUUUGUAAUGAAUUAAUCAUGAUAUUUACCUUUUUCUUUCGAGCCACAUAAGUAAUUUUAUACAUUGUGCAAGAUUUCAUGAUAGCAAAAAUCACCGAGACAGUUCGAAGUGUAGGGCACUCUUGAUGACGGUCAUCGCGGCGCGGGCGUCGACGGCGCCCACGCGCUUCGGGCUCUCGCGGCCGCGGCGACGCGACUCAGAGCUCUGCGCUCUAAGGCUCACCCGCACCGAACCGCAUACGGCACGCAUUCCGUACUUUUACAAUUAGAAAAAAAUAUAAGAAACCGCUUCAAUGCCCGCAAGUGGGGAUUUCCACUCGACCGAACGCAUAUCCAAGUGGUAAUGUCUGCUAAGUUGAGUACGUUGGUUUAAUUAGCUAAUUAUAAAAUACACUAUUGACAGUUAUUCCACUUGAAACGGUAAUAAAAAGUUAACAUAGACCAUCACUCACAAACCCUAUAUUUAUUUUAUAUUUUUAUCACUCGUCGAGAUAAAUAAUGCAAUAGUUUUAGUUCUUUAUAAAAUUUAUUAGAAACGAGUAACUUGUGGAUACAUGCACUAAAAAAAACUUUACUAAAAUAUAUUUACGACGUGUAUAAACAGUUAUGCCUAUUGGGAACGGAAUGGAGAUAAUUUGCGAAUUCGAAAUUUUAUAAAGUCCCUUUAUCGUUGAGCCAUCCAAACAAGUGUUUAGUAUUAACUAAUGUUUUUGUUGUUAUAAGUAGAUUAUUUAAACUGGAUACCACCAGCAUUUUGGGUGCAUUAUUGCGUGUUUUCGUUUAGAUUUUAUAUUCAUGUUAUGUCAUUGUAAUACAUUUUCUAUAAACUUUAUAUAACUAAUUAAAUGCUAACAUUUACAAAUAUAAAUUUAAAAAAUGUAUUUAGUAGAUACUUUGAAGAGUGGAUAGAACAAACGUUUCUUAACAGAAACUUGUGAUUUCAAACUGGGAAGCUCAACGAGUUUUCAUGUCCCUAAUUUAUGUUUGUAAUUAUUGAUCUGGUCCUUCAGCAAUGAAGGAAACCACCGUAACACAGAAAUAUACAUCGUAUCGGAUGAAAUUCUGUCGGAUGUGAAUUGGAGCGGCUUGAUGGAAUAAGCUCUAAAACUUAGACAAUUGAAAUAACAUUCUACGUAGCGUCUAUGGGCUGUUACUGUACUUUGUUUUUACUUUACAUUUUAUUUAUAUAUAAGACGAUUUACCAAUUGCCGAAUUCCAAAAUUAUGUAACAGUUUAUUUAGAAUUUAUUUUAAGAGCCGUUUCAUUGUGAUUGGCUGUGAAUUUAUUUUUAAUUUAAGCUAGAGUUACUGUAUGGAUAUUGUUAUUUGAAU